AUGGUGUUGCAAAAUAGUGGAAGAUACAAAUCGGAUCGGGGUCAAAGUGGCGAGCAGGAGAACCAGGACGAUGGUUCCUCGAUGUCAGCCCUCAAGAGGCUGGAGCGAAGCCAGUUCACGGAUGAGAUGGACAAUCGAUUCGGGUUCGAGAGAAUGAAGGAACCCGGGGAGAAAACAGGCUGGUUGAUCAACAUGCAUCCAGCUGAGAUCCUAGAUGAAGACAAAAGGUUGAUCAGUGUUGUGGAUUAUUAUUUUAUUCAGGAGGAUGGACGCAGGUUUAAGGUUGCACUCCCUUUCAAACCGUAUUUUUAUGUCGCCACAAAAAAGAACUGUGAAAGAGAAGUUAUUUCCUAUUUGUCAAGAAAGUUCCAAGGAAAAGUGUCCAAACUUGAAAUUCUCUCAAAAGAGGAUCUGGAUCUGGCAAACCACCUGGUUGGACUGAAGCGAGGCUACAUUAAGCUAUCGUUCAACACAGUGGACGACCUCAUCAAAGUCAAGCGAGAGAUUUCGCCAGCAGUCCGGAAAAACCGAGAAAAAGAACAGUCAAAUGAUGUCUACACGUCAAUGUUAUCAAGUGCUCUAUCGGGCGGGAACGUGACUUCAGCAGAAGAAGAUGGGAUGUCCAAGAAUAUUUCUGACCAAUUAGACAAUAUUGUGGACAUGAGGGAAUAUGAUGUGCCCUACCACGUUCGCGUGUCUAUUGACCUCAAGAUCCACGUGGCUCACUGGUAUAAUGUUCGGUACAGAGGCAGUGCUUACCCACCAGAGAUUGUUCGUAGGGACGAUCUCGUAGAACGACCUGACCCUGUCGUUUUGGCCUUUGACAUAGAGACCACAAAACUUCCACUAAAAUUCCCAGAUGCCGAGACCGAUCAGAUUAUGAUGAUCUCAUACAUGAUAGAUGGACAGGGGUUUCUCAUCACAAACAGAGAGAUUGUCUCUGAGAACAUUGAAGACUUUGAGUUCACACCUAAACCGGAAUAUGAAGGUCCUUUCACCGUUUUUAAUGAGGAUGAUGAGGUCGCACUUAUUCAGAGGUUCUUUGAUCAUAUUCAAGAGACAAAGCCCAACAUCUUUGUCACCUACAAUGGGGAUUUCUUUGACUGGCCCUUUGUUGAGACACGAGCUUCCGUGCAUGGACUGAGCAUGUACAGAGAAAUUGGUUUCCAGAAGGAUAGCCAGGGAGAGUACAAGUCCAGUCAAGCCAUUCACAUGGACAGUUUUAGGUGGGUCAAGAGAGACAGCUACCUGCCAGUGGGUAGCCAUAAUCUGAAAGCUGCAGCAAAGGCUAAAUUGGGCUAUGACCCUGUUGAGUUGGACCCGGAGGAGAUGUGCCGCAUGGCAACAGAGGAACCUCAGACAUUAGCCACCUACUCUGUGUCAGAUGCUGUGGCCACAUACUACCUCUACAUGAAGUAUGUUCACCCCUUCAUCUUUGCUCUGUGCACUAUCAUUCCAAUGGAGCCUGAUGAGGUGUUGCGUAAAGGCUCUGGUACUCUAUGCGAAGCUCUGCUCAUGGUGCAGGCCUUCCAUGCCAAUAUUGUCUUCCCCAACAAACAAGAGCAAGUCUUCAAUAAGCUGACAGACGACGGCCACGUUUUGGACUCUGAGACUUAUGUCGGCGGUCACGUCGAGGCACUUGAGUCCGGGGUGUUUCGAAGUGACAUUCCCUGCCGUUUCAAAAUGAACCCAGCUGCUUUUGACUUCCUGCACCAACGAGUUGAGCAGACAAUGCGUCAUGCCAUUGAGGAAGAGGAGAAAAUCCCCCUGGAGCAAGUCACUAACUUCAAUGAAGUUUGUGAGGAUAUCAAAAAGAAGCUGACUUCCCUUAAAGAGGUUCCAAACAGGAUUGAGUGUCCCCUCAUAUACCAUCUUGAUGUUGGAGCAAUGUACCCCAACAUCAUCCUCACCAACCGUCUACAGCCAUCUGCAAUGGUAGAUGAAGCCACUUGUGCUGCCUGCGACUUCAAUAAACCAGGCGCCACUUGUCAAAGGAGGAUGGCUUGGCAUUGGAGAGGGGAAAUCAUGCCCGCCAGCCGUAGUGAGUUCCACCGAAUCCAGCAGCAACUAGAGUCCGAGAAGUUUCCCCCAUUCUUCCCUAAUGGUCCACCUCGGGCUUUCCACACACUCAACAGGGAGGAACAAGCAAAGCAUGAGAAAAAGCGUCUUGCAGACUACUGCAAGAAAGCCUAUAAGAAGACACACGUUACCAAACUGGAGGAGCGAGUUACCACCAUCUGUCAGAGAGAAAACUCCUUCUACGUGGAUACUGUUCGAGCUUUCAGGGAUCGGCGAUAUGAGUUCAAAGGCCUACACAAGGUAUGGAAGAAGAAACUGUCCGCGGCUCAGGACUGCGGAGACGCUGCUGAGGUCAAGCGCUGCAAGAACAUGGAGAUUCUUUACGAGUCUCUUCAACUGGCUCACAAGUGUAUCCUGAACUCAUUUUACGGCUACGUCAUGAGAAAAGGAGCUCGCUGGUACUCAAUGGAAAUGGCCGGCAUUGUGUGCUACACUGGUGCCAACAUAAUCACUCAAGCAAGGGAGCUAAUUGAACAAAUAGGGAGACCGCUUGAGUUGGAUACUGAUGGUAUCUGGUGUGUCCUCCCAAACACCUUCCCGGAGAAUUUUGUAGUCAAAACUAGUAACGAGAAGAAGCCCAAAGUGACCAUCUCCUACCCUGGUGCCAUGCUGAACAUCCUGGUCAAGGAAGGCUUUACAAACGACCAGUAUCAUGAGCUGGUAGACCCUGCAUCACUCACAUACAAUAUCAGAGCAGAGAACAGCAUUUUCUUCGAAGUGGAUGGGCCAUAUCUAGCCAUGAUUCUUCCUGCUUCUAAAGAAGAAGGAAAGAAACUAAAGAAAAGGUAUGCUGUGUUCAACGAGGAUGGCUCACUUGCUGAGCUGAAAGGUUUUGAAGUGAAGAGAAGAGGAGAGCUGCAGCUCAUUAAGAUCUUCCAGUCGUCUGUCUUCGAGGCUUUCCUUAAAGGUACCACGCUGGAGGAGGUCUACGCCUCUGUUGCCAAAGUGGCUGACUACUGGCUGGAUGUCCUAUACAGCAAGGCUGCCAACAUGCCGGACGCGGAAUUGUUUGACCUGAUAUCUGAGAAUCGCUCCAUGUCUAAAAAGUUGGAGGACUAUGGAGAGCAAAAGUCCACUUCCAUUAGCACAGCCAAGAGGUUGGCAGAGUUCCUGGGAGACCAAAUGGUAAAGGAUGCUGGACUGAGCUGUCGUUAUGUUAUCUCACGAAAGCCAGAAGGAUCUCCUGUCACAGAGAGAGCCAUUCCUUUGGCCAUCUUCCAAGCCGAGCCAAGCGUGACCAAACAUUUUCUGCGGAAAUGGCUGAAGAUGCCUAGCCUGCAUGACUUUGACAUCCGCUCAAUCCUUGAUUGGAAUUACUACAUUGAAAGGCUAGGGAGCGCAAUCCAGAAAAUCAUUACCAUCCCAGCAGCGCUGCAACAGGUGAAGAAUCCAGUCCCUCGAGUGCGACAUCCUGACUGGCUCCACAAGAAACUUCUUGAGAAAAAUGAUAUCUACAAGCAAAAGAAAAUCAGCGAGAUGUUCACCAGUGAGGGCAAGCGGCAGGUGGCUCAUCAGUUCGCUGGGGGCUAUCCAGUUCCGGAUAUGGAGGACUUUGGUAUGACAGCCAAGCCUCUACAGCCAGCCAUUCCCAUCAGCACCAAGAGGAAGAGAGCUUCUCAAGGGGAGGACAGCCAGGUAGAGUCUCAGGAUAUUGAGCUCACCCAGUCAUGGAGAGAAGUCUUGGGACCGCCACCAGCAAUGGGCAAGACGAAGGAGGAGCGUCUUGUGUGGUUGCGUUACCAUAAGAAAAAGUGGGAACUGCAGAUGAGGCAGAGGAAGGAAAGAAAGAAGAAAAGAAGACUGCUGGAUGGAGAAGCUCAGCCUGUAGGCGGAGGCGUGAUCAGAGAUGGCCCCACCACAGGUCUAGGAAGUUUCCUUCGAAAAACUGCUCGCAGCAUCCUGGACAUGCCCUGGCAAAUUGUGCAGAUUGCAGAAACCAGCCACCCUGGACUUUACAAGUUAUGGGCUGUGAUUGGAAACGACCUCCAUUGCAUGAAGCUCACUAUUCCUCGCAUCUUCUAUGUCAACCAGAAAGUCCCAAAACAGGAAGAGGGACCCACAUACAAAAAGGUGAACCGUAUGCUCCCUCGUUCCAACAUUGCAUACUACCUCUAUGAGUACUGUGUACCUGAGGACAUGUACCAGGAGCACAUAAACGAGAUCAACGCUGACCUCUCGGCCCCAGACAUUGAAGGGGUCUAUGAAACACAGGUGCCACUACUGUUUCGUGCACUAGUGCAGCUUGGAUGUCUUUGUAUGGUCAAUAAGCGUGUUGGAAGGGAUGUGGCUGGAAGAGAGGCUGACACUUUCGACUUGGAGCAUCUAGAUAUGAGGUCUCUGGCCCAGUUUAGCUACUUGGAACCAGGGAGUGUUCGUCAUAUGUACCUUUACCAUCACAGUCAGGGGCACAAGGCCAUCUUUGGCCUUUUUAUCCCUUCUCAGCGCAAAGCCAACAUCUUCGUACUGGACACUGUGCGAAGUAACCAGAUGCCUAAUCUUAAUAACGUCUACAAUGCUGAGCGCACUGCGCUACUGGAAAAAACAACAGAGGACCUGCUGCCACCAGAUAAACACAAUUUUGAGGUUCGGGCUGAAAAUGACGUGAAGGCUAUCUACCGUGCACUGCAACGCAUACUGCUAAGCUACAAGGAAGAGCGCCGUGGGCCAACUCUCAUUGCAGUGCAAUCCAACUGGGAUUUGCACAGAUUAGCCGCAGGGAUGCCAGUCCUGGAGGAAUUCCCAGUUGUGCCAGUGCAUGUUAUUGAUGAGAUCAAUUACAAUGUGCUGGACUGGCAGCGGCAUGGUGCCCGGCGUAUGAUACGCCACUAUCUGAACCUCGACAGCUGUCUGUCACAGGCUUUUGACAUGGCUCGAUAUUACCACUUACCUGUGGGAAACCUGCCCAAGGAUGUGUCCAUCUUUGGGUCUGACUUAUUCCUUGCCAGACAUUUGCGGAAACACAACCACCUGCUAUGGCUUUCUCCCACGGCAAGGCCAGAUCUUGGGGGUAAAGAAGCUGAUGAUAGCCGGCUAGUAAUGGAAAGUGAUGAGCGGGGCUCUGUUGAGAUUAAUGCCCAGGGUUGCUACUCCACAGUGUGUGUUGAGCUGGACCUUCAGAGCUUGGCUGUGAAUACAAUCCUCCAGUCACAGCAUGUCAACGACAUGGAGGGAGGAUCCAGUCUGGGUGUGAGUUUUGAUGUGAUCCAGCAGGCGUCUUUGGAGGACAUGAUGUCAGGACACCAAGGAGCUAGCUCACUAGCCAGCUAUGAUGAGACCGCCCUCUGCUCAAACACAUUCAGGAUCCUUAAGAGCAUGGUGGUGGGCUGGGUCCGAGAGAUCACACAGUAUCACAAUGUGUACGCAGACAACCAGGUGAUGCACUUCUACCGCUGGCUGCACUCUCCCAACUCGUUGCUCUACGACCCUGCUCUACACCGCACUCUGCAUAACAUGAUGAAGAAGGUCUUUCUACAGUUGAUUGCAGAGUUCAAGCGUCUUGGCUCCACUGUGGUGUACGGAAAUUUCAAUAGGAUCAUCUUGUGUACUAAAAAACGCAGGAUAGACGACGCCAUUGGAUAUGUGGAAUACAUCACAAAAAGCAUACAUUCCAAAGAAAUUUUCCAUUCUUUGUCCAUCUCCUUCUCCCGUUGUUGGGAGUUUCUACUCUGGAUGGACCCGGCUAACAGCGGCGGCGUAAAAGGCAAACUUCCCUCCAGCAUUCUGUACGGCGAGGAUGGCGCCAAACCAAAGGAAAACACGGAGGCAGAUGAGGAUGCCAGCGAGGAUGAAGAGGAGAAUGAAGCUAAUGCUCUGGAAAAUGAGGAAGAUGUUGUGGCGGAUGAGGUGGAGGACUUGAUUGAAAGCAAUUGGAAUAUCAUGCAGUAUCUACCGCAAAGUGCCUCCUGCCAAAACUACUUCCUUAUGAUUGUGUCUGCUUACAUUGCAGCAGUUUACCAGAGCAUGAAAGACGAGCUGAGACGUAACACACCUGGUGCAACGCCAAUCAAGAGACGAGGCGGAAGUCAGAUUUCCCAGCAGGCAGUGGGGGAUUUGAGCGCCCUUCCCGGAAUGAUCGCUUUCUCCCAGGAGUAUGUGUCUAGCGAGCUAAUGCAGAACAUUUUUACGAUUACACAAAAAAUCCAGAAGAAGGUGACUGGUACCAGGAAUGUGAACCAGCCUUCAGAAAUGUUCCCAGUCUUGCCAGGUUCACACUUGCCACUCAACAACCCAGCUCUGGAGUUUAUCAAAUAUGUCUGCCAGGUCCUCUCACUAGAUGGCAACAUUGUCAACCAGGUGAACAAGCUAAAGCGGGACCUACUACGCCUUGUGGAUGUGGGGGAGUUCUCCGAGGAAGCCCAAUUUCGCGACCCUUGCAAUUCAUACAUACUGCCUGAAGUUAUAUGUCACAACUGCAAUUUCUGCCGUGAUCUCGACCUCUGCAAAGACCCGUCUGUGGCACAAGACGGCGCCGUCUUGGCACAGUGGUUUUGCUCUAAUUGCCAGGCCCAAUAUGAAACGGAGUCUAUUGAGAUGGCGUUGGUGGAGGCCCUGCAGAAGAAACUGAUGAGCUACACAUUGCAGGAUCUGGUGUGUACCAAAUGUAAAGGAGUGAAGGAAGCAAACAUGCCUCUCUACUGCAAGUGUGCAGGAGACUUUGAGCUCACUUUCCCAGCUAAGAAUUUCUCAGAGCAGGUCAAAGUGUUUCGGAACAUUGCGUCCCACUACAACAUGAACUUUCUUGAAGAGACGAUUGACUGGUUGAUGGAGAUGAGUCCACACGCAAACCAGAGUGCUCCUUAA